CGCUAUGGAGCCUCAAGUCGCAAAGCUGAAGCAGAAGAUAGAGGACACGUUAUGCCCUUUUGGCUUCGAGGUUUACCCCUUCCAGGUGGCAUGGUACAAUGGACUCCUGCCUCCAGCCUUCCACCUGCCCCUGCCAGGACCUACCCUGGCCUUCCUGGUACUCAGCACACCUGCCAUGUUUGACCAGGCCCUCAAGCCCUUCCUGCAGAGCUGCCAUCUCCGACCACUGACUGACCCUGUGGACCAGUGUGUGGCCUACCACUUGGGCCGUGUUAGAGAGAGCCUCCCAGAGCUGCAGAUGGAAGUCAUCGCUGACUAUGAGGUUCACCCUAACCGGCGCCCCAAGAUUCUGGCUCAGACGGCAGCUCAUGUGGCAGGGGCUGCUUACUACUACCAACGACAGGAUGUGGAGGCUGACCCCUGGGGGACCCAGCACAUAGCAGGUGUGUGCAUACAUCCCCGAUUUGGGGGCUGGUUUGCCAUUCGAGGGGUGCUGCUGCUGCCAGGAAUAGAGGUGCCACACCUGCCACCCAAAGAGCCUCUCGACUGUGUACCUGCCAGAGCUGACCGAAUCACCCUACUUGAAGGCUUCAAUUUCCAUUGGCGUGACUGGACUUACCGGGAUGCCGUAACACCCCAGGAGCGCUACUCUGAAGAGCAGAAGGCCUACUUUUCCACCCCACCUGCCCAACGCUUGGCUUUGUUAGGCUUGGCCCAGCCCUCAGAGGAGCCUAGCUCUUCAUCCCCUGAGUUUCCCUUUACCACCCUCACAGCCAAGAAGCCUCAGAAACCCAGCCGAGUCCGGGGCUGGCUCAGCCCCAGGGUCUCACCACCUACCUCCCCUGGCCCGUAAUACUCUUCUCCCUUGUGGAAUCCCUAUUUAUGAUACAAUGGUACUUGCUAAAACUUAUUUGGCUUUGGCAAGGCAAGAGUUUUAU